GCAGGGGGCGCUGCGAGUUGCGUGAGGGGCUCUGAGGGGCCGUGAGGGGCUUUGAGGGGCCGUGAGGGGCUUUGAGGGGCUUUGAUGGCCCGUGAGGAGCUCUGAGGUGUCCAGAGAGAUUUAAAAACCCAGAGGGCGCUUUUUAGGGGUCGUGAGGGGCUUUGUGGGAUCCUGAGGGUGGUCUCAGGGGCCGCCGCGAUGGUGGAGAAGGACGAGUCCAGCCCCGGCGGCAUCAGCGAGGAGGAGGCGGCCCAGUACGACCGCCAGAUCCGGCUCUGGGGGCUCGAGGCCCAGAAAAGGUUGCGGGCGUCCCGCGUGCUGCUGGUGGGGCUGCGCGGGCUGGGGGCCGAGGUGGCCAAAAAUCUCAUCCUGGCCGGGGUCAGGGGCCUCACCCUGCUGGACCACCAACAGGUGUCCCCCGAGGACAGCCGGGCGCAGUUCCUGAUCCCUGGCUCCCGGUCAGGAGUCCCAGAGCUCCUGUGCGCUCAGAGCCUCAACCCCAUGGUGGAGGUCAGGCGCCGCCCAGUGGAGAGCAAACCGGCCGAGUUCUUCACAAUGUCCCCAGGUGUGUGCCUGACCUGCUGCUCCAAGGAAUCCAUGGUGAGGAUCAACCAGAUCUGCCACAAAAACGGCAUCAAAUUCUUCACCGGCGACGUUUUCGGCUACCACGGCUACAUGUUCGCCGACCUGGGCCAGCACGAGUUCGUGGAGGAGAAGCCCAAGGUGGCCAAGGUGAGCGCGGGGGUGGAGGAUGGACCCGAGGCCAAGCGGGCCCGGCUGGAACCGGCAGAGACCACCAUGGUCAAAAAGCAGCUGCAGUUCUGCCCGCCUGAGGCGGCGCCGGCGCUACGCAGAACGGCCCCGGAUUAUUUCCUGCUGCACGUUCUGUUACAGUUCCGUACCGAGGCUGGCCGUGACCCGUGUCCCCUGAGCGCCCCUGAGGUGACAGUGACAGUGACAAUGUCCCUUUCCGUACCGAGGCUGGCCGUGACCCGUGUCCCCGAGGUGACAGUGACAGUGACAAUGACAGUGACAAUGUCCCGGUUUCAGUUCUAUUACAGUUCAGGACCCAAACUGGCCGCGACCCGUGUCCCCGAGGUGACAGUGACAGUGACAUUCUGUUGCAGUUCCGUGCCCAAACUGGCGUACACCGGUUUCCCUGGCCCCCUGGGCUGCUCGCUGCUGGGACGCCGGGGGUGCUGGAGGCGCGGGGGUGGGGCGCACCUGGGCGCACCGGGGCAGUUCCACAGCUCCUGCUUCUCGGAGAUGGCGCCGGUGUUCGCCGUGGUCGGGGGCGUGCUGGGCCAGGAGGUGGUCAAGGCUCUGUCCCAGAGGGACCCCCCCCACAACAACUUCUUCUUCUUCGACGGCGUCCGGGGCCAGGGCAUGGUGGAGCGGCUGGGACCCCCCCCAAAAUGAGGGACCCCCCCCAAAAUGAGGGACCCCCCCCAAAAUGAGGGACCUCCAAUUGGGGAGGGGGCUUGGGGUGCCCUGGAAUCCCCCAAAUCCUGGAGCGGCUGGG